AUGCUCCUCAGACAACUUGCGUGUAUCGCCGCCGCUUUCGGGCCAGCGUUCGCUCUCCCGGCAGACACGGCAGACUGUGCCAGCACCGGGGCGCCGCUCGUCCGCCUCGACUACGCCACGUACCGAGGCACCCGCGUGGCCGGCGGCGCCGUCGACCAGUUUCUCGGCGUGCGCUUCGCCAGGCCGCCGCUAGGUGAUUUGCGCUGGCGCGCGCCCCAGGGGCCGAGCUUCGAGGACAAGGUGCAGGAUGCGAGCAAGUUUGGCCAUCUCUGCAUCGGCAGUGGCUGGAGCCCUCCCGGCGCCGACGUGGAAGGCGUGAGUGAGGACUGCCUCUUUGCAAACGUCUUCAAGCCGGCCCAUGCCACCCCCGCAUCUAAGCUGCCUGUCUGGGUCUUUAUCCAGGGCGGCGGCUAUGCCGGCAACUUCAACGGCAACUUUAACGGCUCGGGGGUCAUCCAGCAGAGCGGCGGCAACAUUGUCUUUGUCAACUUCAACUACCGCGUCGGCGUCUUUGGCUUCUUGGCUAGCGAAAACGUGCGCAACGAUGGCGCGCUCAAUGCUGGCCUCUUAGACGAGCAAAUACAUCAGCCAGGUAUGAUCUUUGUACUAGAGAGGUGGUCGGAUACAAGUACAAACACUGACAUGUUCUUUGCGCCACAGUUCGGAGGCGACCCUAAGCAUGUCGUUAUUCACGGCGAUUCAGCGGGCGGGGGCUCUGUCUCCUACCAUAUGGCCGCCUAUGGAGGAAAUGACAAGGAAGACCUCUUUGUAGCUGGUAUACCCGAGAGUCCAUUCUGGCCGACACAGCGCACCGUGGACCAGAUGGAGUUCCAGUACACCCGUCUUCUAGACGAUACCGAGUGCAACUCUCUCGACUGUCUUCGCAAGCUUGAUGUUCACGUGCUGGCCAAGGCAAGCUUUCCCUUACCUUUCCCUGGGUCGCAUACCGGGGAUCCCCUGCCGUUCUGGUACUGGCUGCCUGUCAUUGAUGGACAUUUCGUCCAGGACCACAUGUAUGCGCAGUUCAUGAGUGGCCGCUUUAAGCGUGUGCCCAUGCUCGUCGGCGAUGAUACCAAUGAAGGCACCUAUUUUGCACCCAAUGCCAGCACCGAGACAGAGGUGUUGGCGUUUAUGCGAGCCAACUACCCACGUCUCAAAGAGUGGCAGCUGGCACUUGUCAGCAUCUUCUAUCCGAAGAUGGACCCCAUGCCCAAGCACGCCGCCUACUUCCCGACUGCCGCCGCCGCAUACGGCGAUUGUACCUUUACCUGCGUGGGAAACACCAUGGCCGAUGCUGUAACGCUCUUUGUGGGCCAUGAUAAGGCGUGGAACUACCACUACAACGUCGAGGAUCCGGAUCAGGUUGCCCAGGGUUUGGGCGUGCCACACAUUGCUGAAAUUGGCGCCAUCUUUGGGCCGGACAAUGUCCGGGGACAGGAGCAAAAGUCACAAAGGACGACCAAUGCCGCCAUCGUACCUGUGACAAUGGCAUACUUUACCAGCUUUGUUCAAUUUCUGGAUCCCAACAAGAAAAGGCACCCUGGAUCGCCGGUGUGGAAGAAUUGGGGCGCGACUGGAGGUGGGCAGGGUCAGCGCUUGCGGCUGGUAACAAACAACACGGUCAUGGAGAGUGUACCGGACGACUUGCUCAAAAAGUGUGAGCUGUGGAAAUUCCUUUCCGGCAGCAUGGAUGUUUGA